AUGCUUCAAUCUACAAAAAAUGCAAAUAAAUGUACAUUUUUAUAUACAAGGCUAUUGAAUGAUGAAUUAAGUCGUUAUUGUCAGGUUUGCGAUGACAAAGAGAUCUGUAACCACCUUAUUAAGUUUAGAGAUUCAGCCGACUUAAGUAAAUGUGGCUCUGAACGUUGCCAAAAUCAUAUACAAAAGGCUCAUCCUAUUGUUUUUAACUCAGAUAAUUGGGAACAAUUUCUAGAUGAGGAACAUUCGCCUGCUAAAAGAGUUAGAACCGGGGUUAAACCGAAUAUGAAUGUCAUCAAUCUAAUGAAAAAGAAAAAAAAGUCUAAGUCUAAUGAAAUUUCGCCAUUUGGACAGGUCGUACUAAUUUUUCUCAAACAUGAUAUUCCAUUCUCAAUUUGGGAUGAUGAUGAAUUUAAGGAGAGAUUCAUAAAUUAUAUCCCAACUUGUGAUUCUAAGAUAAACAGAAAAGAAGCGUCCAACGUUUUGAGAAAGGCUAGCACUAAGAUACAAGUAUUUUUCAAAAAUGAGCUUAAAAAGAACACUAUUUUUAACAAUAGAACAAUCAUUGAAUUUUCUUUAGAGGUUAAUAGUUUAGAGGUUUUCGUAGUUCAAAUAAUGACCCAAUUAAAAAAUUCAGAACCUCCAUAUGUCAAUGUAGAGAUGGAUGAUUGGAAAUCAAAUAAAAGAAUAUCCUACACUGCUGUUAUUUUUAAUUUCCCCACAAUGGAUUACAGCAAGGGAACUUUCAUAGCUAGGUUUGUCAAGGCUGAAUCGAAAAAGAAAAUCGACCACCAAUUAAUACUGAAAUCAACUUGUGAUGAAUACAAUUCAAAUAAUGUAUGGACUAAUACAUGCACUGACAAUGCCUCUGCUGUUUUACAUUGUACAUCUGAACUUACAGGAAGUCCAAAUUAUCCUGUAUAUGCAGGUCAUAUUGGAUGUUUAUGUCAUAUUUUAAAUGUAAUAUGUGAAAAAACGAUUUCGCGAAUAUCGUUGAAAGAUGAUAAAGAGUUAGAAAAGGAAUAUAAAAUGGGUAAAAAUGAAGAAGAACAAGAACAAGAACAAAAAGAGGAAGAAGAAGAAGAAGAAGAAGAAGGUAAAGAGGAAAUAUAUGAAAUAAAGAGAAUAGAAACCUUAAAAAAAAUUACUAUUAAUUCCCUAGUUUCCGACCCAUUUGAUGGAAAGUCUACAGAAGUCCUUUUAAAACUAAUCAAAUUGAAUAGAGAACUUCGUAAGUCGGAAGAGAAGUUGACUAUGUUUGAUAAGUACGUCUCUAUACGUAUAUCGGGAUUUAUUUCAGUCAGAUGGAAUAUUAAAUACAAUAUUCUAAAAGUGUUUCUUGAACAUCAAACUGAAUUUUUUAAAUUUUUUGAAUAUUAUGGAAAGAUAGGCAAGCCAAUUAAUAACGAACUCGAUUGUAAAGAUCUGGGACUUGCAGAACUUCUAAUAAAUAUGUUAGAGCCGCUUUGUAGCCUAACGAAGUUCAUAUCACCAAAUAUUUCUUUGUCACCAGUUUAUGUUCGUUUGCUUUUGUUCAUAAGACGUAAUGUAGUUAACGCAGAGCGCGUACUAAAGGAAAUGGGAGAUACGAGGACUGAUUUAUCAGCGGUGGUUAAGUUGAUAGACAAAUAUUUCCUUCAGGCUCAUGAUAAUUUUGAUAUUAUAUUUACUUGUACUAAUUCUGAACCUUUUGAUGAUCGAGUAGUUGAGUAUUACGAAGAAUAUUUUAAAGAAAAACUAAAUUUAAUGGAUAGUUUUUGCUCUAUCUUAAUGAAACUUGGUCGAUUUGAUACACUAAAAAAGAUCCCAUCAGAUGUUGUGAAUCUUCAGAAACGUCGCUGA